GUCCAGAGAAGCCCUCCGGGCACGUGCAUCGGUACUGGUCGGGCGCGGUGUUUUCGCACGUGCCGCCGUUCUGGCACGGCUCAUGGGUGCCGCAGUAGUUGAGAUCCUGAUCGCAGAGGAUACCGCCCCAGAGCAUUCCUACUCGUCUUCCUAACGUUGAUAAUUGGCCACGUUGAUCGGAACGGACGCGGAACGGAAUGGUAACAGAGAUAAAAAAGAAAAGAGGGUGAAUCGAGGUGAAAGAUGUGCGAGAAGAUCCGUCGGUUCUCUAGACGAAAGCAGAAGAAGGAACAACCGCGGAGGCUUCAUAAAUCGUUGUCGUCGUCGUCGUCGUCGUCGUCAAGCAAGAAACGCAGACCACAUAUAGAAGGAGUGAAAAGACACACGCCGGCACAAACCUAUAGACAGGAGAUAUGCGCUUCUUCGGACCACUUUUCGGGAAUUUUUUUUGGCAUCGCACGUUAUAACGGUAAUUCCGUUCAGACUGUAAUUGAAAGAGAGCAGCGCAGCAACGCGGCAGCAACAGCAGCAAUGGCGGCGGCUUAAUUGCACUAGGUCGAAAUCAUCGAGGGAACGACGGACGGACGGACGGACGGCGAGAGAACCCUCUUCUCUACCGCGGCUCGUUCUUCGAAAAUCGUUUACAAGAGAGAAGGCCAGGAGAGGAAGUGACCCCCUGUAACUCCAGGUCGGAGCAAGGCAACCAACGCUCUGGCUCCUAAGCUCCCAUUAUUCGUCGGGUUCAACCGAAAUUGUCGAUCGUUACGGAAGCAUGGAUUUGCUUGCCUCCUCGCUGGUGAAAACACGCAUCAUACUUUAAACCCGGCAAUUUACAUUUGAUAUUUAUAAUUUUAUCAUUUUCGCUCGUGAUUGUGGCUCUUUCCCGAAAUACCAUGGCGAAACGACGGAAUGGCUAUGAAAGAAACAAGUUAUAAUCAUUUUUAUUUUAGCGCGCGCUAUC